AUGGAGGCGCUGCUGGACCACAGGAGGCGGGUCUAGGACUUCUUCCACCGGGACGGGCUGGCGGUGUGCGCCCGGGGACUCGGCAUCGCCCGCCUGCUGCUGCGCUUCCUCCGCCCCUACAGCGAGCCCGCUAGCUUGGUGCUGAACGUGAGCUCCGCCGAGAACGAGUAUUUUAUUGAUCAACUGAGGUCAGAUGGAGUUGUUCGUCUUCCUCGGCGCGUUACCAACGAGGUUGCAAGUAACACUCACUAUGAAUUUUACAUGCAAGGAGGAGUUAUCUCUGCAAAAAGUCGAAUCCUCGUGGUAGGUUUCCUUACUGACACAAUUCCUGCGAACCUCAUUACUGUUUGUUACCUGUAAUGCUGAUGUGAAAUCCAGUGCAGUAUUUCUCCAUGGAUCAGUCACCAGAGCUACAGGCUCACAUGCCUAGAAUGAGAACAGUCAUAAUCAUGAAAUCAUCAGAUGGCUUUAUGAGACCAUUCAUAAGACUGCAGUCUUUGCAUCUGUAGAAGUGGAUUCAUCUUGCAUUUAGCUUACUUUACAUUUAAAUCGUCGUUUAUAACUUUAGUUUAUAUGAACUCCUUGAUAAUUACAGUAUCGCCAUAUUUCAGCCAUCAUAGCAAAACACUUAUUAACUGAUAUUUACUGUUGAUGUGAAGCCUUCUGUGCUUUAAAAAAAUUUUAGGCUUUUAUUCCUCUGGCUUUCUACAUUGUGUAUCUGCAUCAUACUCAUCUUAAUUUGAAAAUUAAAUGACAUUUUAAUGUUUUCAACUUUAGCUAAAGAAAGAAUGCUAAACACUAGAGGCACAGGCCAGUACCUGUAAAAUCAGAUUUUUCCUAUUUUUUAACUGAUAUUUAUAAUACCUUUUUUUUUCUUAAUAUAGAAAGGAAAAUAUGUACUGAAAGCAUUAAAUUACAUAUAGCUGCUAAUCGUUGAAUUUAUGAAUUUAUAUAACGGCAUCUAUAUUGUAACUUUGCAAAAAAUGGUUACUCAUCAAAAUAAAUGUCUCACCAUCAUGUC